CUCAGUCAAUAAAUUCAAGAGAACUUUUAUGAAACUCAUUACAUAUACAAUUCAGGAAAAUCUCAAUAAUGGAGAAAGCGUUAAAUCAUAUGGAAAAUAUUAGACCGACUAAUGAAAGAAAGGCAAACAAACCACUGAUGGAGAAGAGAAGACGUGCUCGGAUAAAUAACUGUCUCGCUGAGCUCAAGUCCAUCGUCCUUGAAGCUUUGAAAAAAGAUCCUGCCCGGUAUUCUAAACUUGAGAAGGCUGAUAUUCUGGAGAUGACCGUCCAGUAUUUACAGACCGUACACAAGCCACCUGUUGACUCUGCUGCGCCUUCACAAGCGCCAUCUAGGCACAGUCCUGACAUGUUUGAGAACUAUUCAAUGGGAUACAACUCUUGCGUUCGCGAAACCAUACGAUAUAUGGACACUAUAGAUGAUGGUAUCGAUGUAGAAAUGAAGGACAGAAUCAGUGGACAUUUAUCUAAGCGCACACAAAACGUUGAUUGUCGUUCAGUGUCCCCCUCCGUACAGAAACCUAUAUCUAUUGACAUUCCUAGCUCUCCCAUGCGUGGAUCACUGAUCACGGAAAGAACAAACAGUGAACAGAUGAACGCAAUGGCGCAACACAACACUGCGCACGCACAUGAAGUAAGUCCCGUCACAACAAUGGCUUUGAAAUUAAACGACGUAACGAUAAUGCCAUCUCACUCUGGGUCGACUUCUGCAGUACCAAUCAGUUUUUCUCAGAAUGGACCGACAUCAUCUGUCUCUCCCUUGACUCUCACAACGGGGCAAAUGGCUUAUUUGAUUGUUGGCACCACAAAUAUAGUUCCUGGAGCACAAAUAACACCGACCAAUACAAUGGUUGUAACACCUGUGACAUCACAACCACAUCACGCCUUUAAUCUGCAACAUGGAAGAACUAGUCAAUCAAAAAACAAUUCGACAACAACGCCAUCUAUUAACAUGAACAAUAUGCCAGUAUUCCUAGACUCAAACGAAAAUCAUACGGCUUUCAAAAAUAAGAAUAUCUGUAACUAUGGCGAUGAUAAAGAUGUCUGGAGGCCAUGGUGAUUAUUUUUAUUAGGCCAAAAUAAUUUUGAAAAAAGGUUUUCCCUGUGUGGUAGAUACUGCUGAAACUGUUGAAACAUAAAUCAGGUCAACAAUACAUGUGUACUAUCUGCUGAUGAAGUCACAAACUGCUGUAAUGUAAAAAUAUAAUAACAUAUAUAAUUUUUCGAAUAGAAUAUUUUUUCAAAUAAAAUAGCUCUUAA